CCCAAAUUAAUCAAUCAAUCAAUACAUUAAUCCUCCCUCAAAUCAAAUACAUUAAUGGCCACCAAGUUCGUCGUCCUCGCCGCGCUUCUCGCCGCCCUGGUCGUCUCCGGCAGCUGCUCCACCUACACGACGGUGGUGACCACCGCCACCGUGGACGAGGAGGGUCCCAAUCCCCAGCAAUUCUCCUGCCCCAGCGAGAUGCUGCGUUUCGACACACAGAAUUGCCUGCCCUAUCUCCAGAGGCGACGCAGCGGCAGAUCGUCUUCAAUGGAGGCUCCGUUCCUUCGGAGCGCUGUCGCGAACCCGCAGCGGGAGGAGGAGGCGGAGCCGGAGCUGCAACAGUGCUGCAAUGCGCUGCGGAGCGUGAGGUCCGAGUGCCGGUGCGACGUGAUAAAGAAGGCGCUGAGGGAGAUGCGGGAGGAGCCGCAGAGGGAGGAGGAGGCGCUGCGGGCGAAGCAGGCGGCGCAGUGGCUGCCCAGCCAAUGCGGGUUCAGGUCGCCACGCCAGUGCCAGAUCAGGGCCAUCUUCGUCUGAAUCUGAGCUGCUAGAUGCUAGCUGCUUGCUGUCUUGUCAUGUCCAGUCGGAAUAAUUAAUUAAUUAAUAAGUUGGAGAGGAUAUUAUAUGAAGGUGUAUUUCUCUUCGGGCGGGCAGGCAGGAAAUUUGUAAUUUUAUUGUUGUGAUGUUAAUAAAUGGACACAUCAUCGUGUGUUCGUAA